AUGUCUACCGGAAACCUCAACAUCCCUCCGAUUCCCUCCGGCCUUCCCCCCGUCGGGCCUUCAUCGUUCGCUGCACCCAACGCCUUCGCCGGUGAAUUUCUAAGCCUCUCGAUCCCUGACGAAGAUCAACUCUGGGCGAUCAGCCCUGUCUCACCGACCAUGGGCACUGGCUGGGAUGCCAAAGCAGAUCCCGCUGCAUUCGCCGGCUCGGCGCUGGAACGAGAUCUCAAAAACGCCCAGGUCCGCAACGGCCAGCCAACGCCUCCGCCGUACGACGAUCAACACGCACGCGAGUGCUCCGGUUUCGAAAUCGAAACGGCCGGUCGACGACGUCGAGCCCGCGAGUACAAGACAGCUGCCACCAGCCUCAGCCCGGAACUCGACGAGAGCCCGCAGCAGGAACGAGCAAAGCGGGCCAAGUUCCUCGAACGCAAUCGCCUGGCUGCCAGCAAGUGUCGACAGAAGAAGAAAGAGCAUACACAACAAUUGGAGUUUCGGUACAAGGAGCAGUCCGAGAAAAAGGAACGGCUGAACGCGGAGAUUGCCAGUCUGCGCUCCGAGAUCCUCAGCCUUAAGAACGAGGUUCUGAAACAUGCACAGUGUGGCGACGAACCCAUCAAGCUGCAUCUGGCUCAAAUGGUGAAAAGGAUCACCGAUACCGAUGGCCAGCCUUCAGCGCCGAUUGAGCCUUCUGCCGAUCUGGUCGAGAAUAUUCCCACCUCGUCAUCAGACGGCCCUCCCACUCCGAUUGCAGCGAUGCCAACAUCGACCUCGUUCUCGAUUUCGGCCCCGGGCGCUUCGGCUAUGUCCUUUGGUUUUGACGAUCCCAUGCAACUAGAUGCGGCUGCAACGGAAGCCUUUGAGCAGCAGAUGCGCCGGAGCUCCGAGGCCACCUUGGCUUCAGAAUCGUCGUACGCAUUUUCGACAGAGGAUUCUUUUGAAGACCUCAUCAAUGUUCCUUGA